CGCCUCCCCGAAUCGGCCGGAGCCUGGCUCCAAGCGUCGGCCUUUUCUGGCCUUGAUUCCCCCAGAGAGUAGAGGGCCCCCAGCCGGUCACCGUCCAGCCCCAGGCCCCCGGCCGCCACCAACGACCCUCUACGCCUGCGCGGUUUGCCGCCUAGUGGGUAAUCUCGGGAAGCGUGCGCGAGGUGCGGCUAGAGCGUCCUCUCCUACUCGUUUGCCCGGCGGCUUCGUCGGCUAGAGCGUCGGUCCCCAACCUUUCGCCCGUUGGGCCCGCGCGGCUAGAGCGCCCUCGCGCAGCUCGUAUGCUCGGCGGCCUCGGCGGCUAGAGCGUCCUCACGCAGCUCGUAUGCUCGGCGGCCCUGGCGGCUAGAGCGUCCUCCUCCUGGGGAGCCGCGUGUGACCUUCCCGCCCGCGGACCGAUGCUGCCGGCGGCCGCUCGCCCCUUUUGGGGGCCGUGUCUCAGACGUCAGGGCGCUGCGCUCCGUCUCGCCAGGCAACAGGUGCCCCGUGUCUGCGCUGUGCGGCUGAUGAGAUGCAGCAGCCCUCGAAUGGGGGAGGCCCUCGCCGGCGCACCCCUGGAUAACGCCCCCAAGGAGUAUCCCCCCAAGAUCCAGCAGCUGGUCCAGGACAUCGCCAGCCUCACGCUCUUGGAGAUCUCAGAUCUCAACGAGCUUCUGAAGAAAACCCUGAAGAUCCAGGAUGUUGGACUCAUGCCAAUGGGUGGCACAGUGCCUGGUGCUGCCCCUGCUGCAGCAGCCCCAGAGGAGGCAGAAGAAGACAUCCCCAGACAGAAAGAGCGGACGCAUUUCACCGUCCGCCUGACAGAGGCAAAGCCUGUGGACAAAGUGAGGCUGAUCAAAGAAAUCAAGAACUACAUCCAGGGCAUAAACCUCGUCCAGGCAAAGAAGCUGGUGGAGUCCCUGCCCCAGGAGAUCAAAGCCAAUGUCUCCAAGGCCGAGGCGGAGAAGAUCAAGGCAGCCCUGGAGGCGGUGGGCGGCACCGUGGUUCUAGAAUAGGCCAGCUCUGAGGACUGGUGGACUGGGGUCCCUGGGACCUGACCUGGGGGAGGCCCCCUCCUGCUCCAGCCCUGGCAUCCGGGACCCGUGGUGGGAGCGGCUUCAGGGCAGAGCUCUGGCACUGGCUCUGCCAUCACUGCUCCGGGACAGACAAGGGACCUGCUGAGACGGGGGGCAGCUCCUGUGUGAGCACCGGGGAGAUGAACUCUGGAACGUACCAGAGGCAACACGCGCCCCCUGGUGGCCACUGAGAAAAAUACAUUGUUCGGGCGCCGUG